AUGAAAUCAUAAAAUUGCGUAUAAUAGAUUCAACGAAUUGAAUUCAUAUGUCAUUAGUGCAUAUUUGAAAUUAAGAUACUAGUUUAAUGAAUAAUAAGUUAUACGUAUUAUACAUAUUAUACGUAUUUCGUUAUAAUUUGUUUAUGAUAUUAUUAGUGGAAAUUCAUUAUUAUUAAACUAUAAUUUUCUAAUUUGUAUCGGUAUAUAUAUAUAUAUAUAUAUAUAUAGAUGUAUAUAGAUGUUACUACAUACUUACACAUCUACGGUAGAUAUUCCACGUGGUUGAAAUACUAGGAAUUGUACAUGGUUCUGUAAUAUGUGUAUUUGCUGUGAAAAAUGGAUACUAAUUGUGAUUUAAUAAAAACAAUUGAAGAUGAUCAGGAAGUGCCAAAUUUCUCUGAAGAUUCUGAUGUCGAAGAUGAUUUUCAGCCUAGGAAACAAAAGAAAAAGGAAAAUAAAGACUUCGAUAACAAUUUUCAAUUUGUAAAUGAUAUUUCCGAUUACAAUAAAGACACAUGGAAUGACUUAAACAAGUAUAUUAAACGAAAAGCUAAGACAAAACUUGAUGAUAAAAUUAAAAGAAUUAGAAGAGGAUCCGAAUCUAAAAUACAAAAUGAAAUAGAUAAUGAAUCCAAUAUAGACUUGCCUGAAAUUAAAAAAGAAGAUGAUGAACUAUCUUUAUCAGAAGACGAGCUUAGAAAAGAUAUAUUUAAAACUAAAGAAAAGAAAGGUAAAAAGAAAGUGGUUGUUAAAGAAAAUGAUGAAGAAACAAUUAACUUUGAGGAGUAUUCAAAUAUAGAAACUCAUGCAACAUUUUACCAAAUGAAUUUGUCGCGUCCUUUAUUAAAGGCUAUAACAGCCAUGAAUUUUGUGCAUCCAACACCUAUACAAGCUGCUACCAUCCCUGUUGCAUUACUGGGUCGUGAUAUAUGUGGUUGUGCUGCUACAGGUACUGGUAAAACUGCAGCUUAUAUGUUACCAACACUAGAAAGAUUAUUAUAUAGGCCAUUAGAUGGUCCUUCUGUUUCUCGUGUUCUUGUACUUGUUCCAACAAGAGAACUUGGUGUGCAAGUGUAUCAAGUUACAAAACAGUUAUCUCAAUUUACAACAAUUGAAGUAGGAUUAUCUGUUGGUGGUUUAGAUGUGAAAGUUCAAGAGGCUGUAUUAAGGAAGAAUCCAGAUAUAGUAAUAGCUACUCCAGGAAGAUUAAUUGAUCAUUUAAGAAAUACGCCAUCGUUUUCAUUAGACAGCAUUGAAGUGCUUAUAUUAGAUGAGGCAGAUAGGAUGUUAGAUGAAUACUUUGCAGAACAGAUGAAGUACAUAGUAAAACAAUGUUCAAGAAGCAGACAAACAAUUUUAUUCUCAGCUACUAUGACUGAAGAAGUGAAAGAUUUGGCCGCUGUAUCUUUAGAUAAACCAGUUAAAGUUUUUGUAGAUAGCAAUCAAGACGUUGCUUUUAAUUUACGCCAAGAGUUUAUUCGGAUACGAAAAGAAAGAGAAGGGGAUCGUGAAGCAAUUUUGGCAGCCCUAAUUUGUAGAACCUUUCAUGAUCAUGUCAUGGUCUUUGUGCAAACAAAAAAACAAGCUCAUAGAUUACACAUUUUAUUAGGGUUAUUAGGCAUCAAGGUAGGAGAACUUCAUGGUAAUCUUACACAACCACAACGUCUAGAAAAUUUAACAAAAUUUAAAAAUGAAGAAAUAGAUAUUUUAUUAGCAACAGAUGUUGCUGCAAGAGGUUUAGAUAUUAGUGGGGUAAAAACUGUAAUUAAUUUCGUAAUGCCAGUUACCAUGCAACAUUACAUUCAUAGAGUUGGGAGAACAGCUAGAGCUGGUCGUGUUGGAGUGUCAGUAUCACUAGCUGGAGAACAAGAACGGUCUUUGGUUAAAGAAAUUAUUAAAAAUGCAAAAAAUCCAGUAAAGAAUCGAAUAAUACUUCCUGAUAUAAUCGACAAAUAUUCUAAAAAAUUACAGUCUCUUGAAACUGAUGUAAACAAAAUUUUAGAAGAAGAACGAAAUGAAAGGGAAUUAGCUAAGAUAGAAAAUCAAGCAAAUCGAGCAGAAAAAUUAUUAAAAAAUGAAAGUAAUAAGGGCGCUCAAAGAACUUGGUUCCAAACUCAGAAAGAAAGGAAAGAAGAAAAGGAGAAAUUAUCAUUGACUGAAAAACAAAACACAAAUAAAGAGAAGAAACAAAACAAAGAGCCAUCAAACAUAAUUGAAGAAAAGAAAAAGAAAUCUAAAGAACCUAAACAGGAAACAGCAGAGGAUAGAGCCAAAAGAGAAUUAGAAAAAAUUGCAGCAUACCAAGCGAGAUUAGCUAAGAAAAAGAACAAACAAAAUAAAAUUCGGGCAGUUGUAGAGAAUGAUAAGUUUUCAUCCAACAGAAAAGCAUCGCUAAAACGGCCAAAAUCUUCAUUUGCUGCUGACUUAACAAAUACAAGCAAGAAAGCUGUGAAAAAAAUGCGUUACGAGGCAAAUGUUAAAAAGAAUCAAAGUAAAAGAAAAAAUGCAAAGAGUUUAAACAUAGGAAAAGAGGGUAGCAGAUCAAAUUUUAAAAGACGUUAAUUUUGAUAUUUGUAACUAUGUCUUAUUAAAUACAUACCAUUUUACUUAAUUUGUUUUAUUAUAGAACCGUUACAAUGCGUCACUUAUGUCUCACAGAUUGACAGAUGAAUAGCACUGAUUAAUUGGUUUUUUUCAUCAGAAUAUGUAUAGUUUGUAGUCUAUAACCUGUUUGAAAAAAUUGCAGUACUAUGCAAUUAAAUACUUAUAGAAACAAAUGUUUGAUAAUAAUACUAUAAGAUAAAAUAUAGCAUAAUCCAAAACAAUUUGAACUUAUAAAUUAUUUCAAGAAAUAUCAAAUUAAAUUUCAUAAAGCUGAAACAGUAACAAUGCACUGCUGAUGACUUAUGAACAAUGCUUUGUACAUAUAUGAAAAAUAAAGAAUGACCUUUAUGAAUGUUUAAAAAGUUAAAAAUUGCAAGAUUUGCAUUGUACUGUAAUUUCAGUGAAGAGGUAAUAGGUAUGUGUUAAUUCUAUAAUGUUUAUAUAAUAAGAUCAAACACUCAUCGCCAUUCACAGCCUCAUACACUAUUCUCAUUCUCAUCUUAAUGUUUAAUACAAUUUAAUGCUUAAUACUAAGAAUUCUAAUGAUGACAAAGGAAAUUUUAUAAAACCUAGGCCCAUUUUAAAUUUUAAUGCUAUUCAAAUUUGUAUCCAAUUUCCUAAUUUUUUAAUAACAAAAAGGUGUGAGAUUAUUUAUUUUUAACUCUAAAUAUUAAGUAAAUUCUAUAGAAUUUUACACUUAAUCUAUAUUUAUUCAAAAGUUUCAUUUAUUUCUGUUUACUGUAGUUAUGAAGUAAAAUAUAUUUUUAAAUGAAUACAUUAUGUUCAAAGCAAUUGGUAAUACGUAAAAUUAACAUUAUAUAAAUAUCUAUAAAUGCAAUGAAUGUUUUUCAACAUCUUAUAAAAUACGAAAUAAAAAUAUAAGUAUUUAAACCAUUCAAAGUAUGUAUACAAUUCCUCGAGAUAUCGGAAUAAUACUUUUUACUAUAUUGUUUGUACAAAUAUAUGUUCUGGAUACAAAUUUGAAUUAAAGUGAUACGAAAGUAAGUUUAUAAUACAUAUACAAUAAUGACAGUAAUGGAAGAAUAACUGUCACGUUCGAUGAUAAACUUCAAUCAAUUAUUGAAUUGGUGGUGCAUUGUCGAUACUUUUGUAUAACAAAAAUUUUUACGUUUAUUUUUUAUAUUAAUGCGCACUGUCCGUCGAAGAUAUCUAUAUGUAUACAUUUAUUAGAUACUAUUGAAGUAUUUAUAAGGACACCUUGUCUGAAAUAAAUUAAUAAUUAGUGGCCGUGCGCUGACCAAAUCUCAUUUAAAUUAAUUUUUGGAUUAAAAUAUAAACAGAUAAUUUUAUGAGAAAAUACAUAUUUUCUCAGGAAAUAAUAGUUACCAAAAUUGUCAUUCUUUCAAUAAAAUAAUUAUAGCAUUAAGGCAAUAAUAUUAAUUAUAAUAUAAUAUAAUUAUAAUGAUAAUCAGAUUAAUAGAAUCAAAAAACUUUGGAUCACAAAGCCAAUUGACACACACCCUUUUGUUUAGUACAUGAUGUUCACAGAAAUCCAACAACGUUAUGUUGUUCUCUUCUGCGUGUAAAGAUUUAAUGAAGUGUAUUAUUUCGACGUAUUUCAUGUAAUAAAUGUGGUUUUCGAUUACUUUUUUCUGAAAACUACAAUUAAGUUUGAUGAUAUCAUGUAAGGAUUUUACUAUUUGGAAUAGUUUGUUACAAAAAUUUUGUAUACAAUCUCAUUAAUCUAUGAAGAAAAAUGCACAUGAAAUAAGUAUAUAUAAACAUUUGUAUUCGUCAAUGCAAAAGUGAACAAUACAACAAUUGUCAGAUAUUUCACAAGAAAGAAAGGGAAAUACUUUCGAAGACUUGUGUAAAAAAGAUGGUGGUUAAACAGUUAUUAAUUAUACAAAAGAUUGUAUUUUUUAUCAA